AUGGUUGACGUGUCAGGCUCGGAAGAGUUUCUGGAACUCGUUAAGAGCUCGCUGCUGGCCGCGUUAGAAGCGCUUUCGCCUGCUGCCCUGUUCGGGCUGGUUACAUUCGGAAGCAAGGUAGGUCUGUACGAUCUACAGGGCCCCGUAGCAGCAGUCAAAUCUGUCGCCAUCCCCUCCUCCCCUUCCCUCUGUUCUCACCCAGCUUACAUCCCUCUCCACCCCUCUCCACCACCUACCAGGUGGGGACCCGUAGCAGCAGUGAAAUCCGUCGCCAUCCCCUCCUCCUCUGCUCACCGCCUGCCUCUAGCCCUGGGCGAUCUCCUCCCUCUCCCCGCCUUCCUCGCGUCCCUCUCGCGUCAUAAGGAGGACGCCGCUGCCGCCCUCAAAACCCCCCGCCCACCCCCUGCCCUUAGCCCUGGGCGACCUCCUACCUCUGCACUCACCCUUUACCCCUCCCCACCACUCCCCACUCCGCCCCUCCCUCACAGGAGCAUGCAGCUGCCGCCCUCGAAACCCUCCCCCCCUCGAUUUGGACGCGUCCGCUUCCCUUCCCCUGUUCUCACCCCCUUUGAAGUCUUCUCCACCCCUCCUCACCACACCUCCCCCCCUACCAGCGACCUGCUGCCUCUGCACUCAACCCCUACCCCUCUCUACUCCCCCCAACCCUACCAGGUGGGUCUGUACGACCUACAGGGCCCCGUAGCGGCAGUGAAAUCCGUCGCCAUCCCCGCCUCCUCCUCCCACCGCCUGCCCCUAGCCCUGGGCGACCUCCUUCCUCUGCCCGCUUUCCUCGCCUCCCUCUCGCGCCACAAGGAGCACGCAGCUGCCGCCCUUGAAACCCUCCGCCCCGACCCUCCCCCCCUUGAUCUGGACGCGUCUGGAGCGGGGAAGAGCGGCGGGGGAAAGGGGGGACCGGCGCAGGGCGCGGGGGGGAAGGGCGGAGGGGGGAAGGGAGGGAAGGACGCGGAGAGAGGGCGGAGGGACGGGGUUAGGGGUUUUGGAACGGCUUUAGACGCGUUGAUUAGGUAUCUAGGGGGUAUGGAGGAUGGCCCGAGUGCUAGAAUAGCCAGAGGGCUUCGAGCUGACGUCAUCAAUACCAGUGGCAGUGGCGGCGGCGGUGGUGGGGGUAACGUGAGUAUCGCUGCAGCAGCAGCGGCAGCAGCGGCCGCAGGGGAAGUAGGCCCGUUUGUAGGAGCCAGAUUACUGGUAUUUCUCUCAGGAGCCCCGAACCACGGUAUGGGGGCGUUGAGUACGGUUCGGUACGAUACAGCGCUCGCCAGCCUGGCUGUAGCGGCGAGUCAGAGAAGCAGGAGCGCCAAGGAUGUAGCAGACCCGGUUGUAGCGGAUAAGGGGUUGCUACAGGAGCAGACGCCGUUUUAUAGGGAGCUUGCUGCGGCUGCGGUGCAAGCGGGGGUGUGCGUGGAUUUAUUCACUGUACCGAGUUAUGCUAGUAACGGGGAUGAAAAUGCUAGUAGAGAGGAUGGGGGUGCGGCAACUGCAGACCCUGCUUCUGCUGCUGCUGCUGGGGUUGCUGCUGUGACCAUUGCCGAUCCUCCUCCCUCCACCCCUUCUUCCCUGCCCAUCCCAUACUGUGACCUAGCCUCCCUCCGUUGCCUAAGUGUGGAAAGCGGGGGUACUCUCUUUCUUUACCCUUCUUUAGACGAGGCAACCCUCCCUCAAGACAUUUACCGCAUGCUCUGCCGACCCUCCGCGUUCGGCGGGGUGCUCCGGCUCCGAACCUCCCGGGAGCUUCGGGCCGUCCGAGCCUAUGGUCACUUUUUCCCCGAUGCACAGUAUGAGAAUCUAUAUCAUAUCAUUCGGUGUGACCCAUUUGAUUCGUACGCAUUUGACUUGGAAUUUGCGGGGAAGGCUGGGUUCGGAGUGAAGGGCAGGGCUGGGAAAGAGAAGGGAGGGAGCGGUGGUGGUAACCGGGGGGCAGUGUUACAACUGGCGUUUCAAUAUACUGUGAUUAUUCCGGUGGAAGGGGGAGGGGAGAGGGGCGAAGGGGGUGGAGUGGGUAAUGGGGCGGCUAAUAACGGGGAUGGGGCUGCUACUGGUGUGAACGGGACUGCUAGUUAUCCGCGCAUCUCUAGAGGAAGGAGUAAGGGAAGGCAGGCCCCUCCUACAGGACUGGUUAUCCGCGCAUCUCUAGAGGAAGGAGUAAGGGAAGGCAGGCUCCUCCUACAGGACUGGCUGGUCAUUCUCACAGCCCACCACAACCACGCCUUCGGCCUCGCUCAGUUCAACCAGCCCCACUCGGUCACUCGCCUAGACGUGAUCAAAGCGUCCCUGGAAGAAGGCGUGAGGGAGGGUCGAUUGCUCCUACAGGACUGGCUGGUCAUUCUCACGGCCCACCACAACCACGCCUUCGGACUCGCCCAGUUCAACCAGCCCUUUCCAUCCCCUCCCUCUUCCUUCCCACAGGUCAUUCGGGCAUCGCUGGAAGAGGGAGUACGGGAAGGCAGGCUCCUCCUACAGGACUGGCUGAUCAUCCUCACCGCCCAUUACAACCACGCCUUCGGCCUCGCUCAGUUCAACCAACCCCACUCGGUGACUCGCCUAGACAAUUCUCCUGCUGUUGUUGCCAAGGUUUUUGAGACGUCUCCACCCCUCCCCACCGCACUUCCCACCCCUCCCCACCGCACUUCCCACCCCUCCCCACCGCACUUCCCACCCCUCCCCACCGCACUUCCCACCCCUCCCCACCGCACUUCCCACCCCUCCCCACCGCUAUUCCCACCCCUCCCCACCGCUAUUCCCACCCGUCCCCACCGCUAUUCCCACCCCUCCCCACCGCUAUUCCCACCCCUCCCCACCGCUAUUCCCACCCCUCCCCACCGCUAUUCCCACCCCUCCCCACCGCUAUUCCCACCCCUCCCCACCGCUAUUCCCACCCCUCCCCACCGCUAUUCCCACCCCUCCCCACCGCUAUUCCCACCCCUCCCCACCGCUAUUCCCACCCCUCCCCACCGCUAUUCCCACCCCUCCCCACCGCUAUUCCCACCCCUCCCCACCGCUAUUCCCACCCCUCCCCACCGCUAUUCCCACCCCUCCCCACCGCUAUUCCCACCCCUCCCCACCGCUAUUCCCACCCCUCCCCACCGCUAUUCCCACCCCUCCCCACCGCUAUUCCCACCCCUCCCCACCGCUAUUCCCACCCCUCCCCACCGCUAUUCCCACCCCUCCCCACCGCUAUUCCCACCCCUCCCCACCGCUAUUCCCACCCCUCCCCACCGCUAUUCCCACCCCUCCCCACCGCUAUUCCCAACCCUCCCCACCGCUAUUCCCACCCCUCCCCACCGCUAUUCCCACCCCUCCCCACCGCACUUCCUUGGACCCUUCCUCCCUCAUGCGGACAGUCUAACCAUCCUACCCCUCUGUUGCCAUUCCCACCCCUCCCCACCGCAGUUCCUUGGAACCUUCCUUCCUCAUGCGGACAGUCUAACCAGUCCUCUCCUCCUACACCACUCUGCGCCUCACUCUCUCACCAAUCUGUACCUCGUUCUUUCCAUCUCUACCGCUCUCCACCCCUCUGUUGCUAUUCCCACUCCCUUUGUUGCUAUCCCCGCCCCUCCCCACCGCAGUUCCCUGGACCCCCCCUUCCUCAUGCGGGCAGUCUACCCCGUCCUCUCCUCCUACACCACUCCAGACCGCCCUGCGUUCCCCCACCACUCCCACCCGCCCCUCUUUCACCGCUCUGUACCUCAUUCUCAACCAUCUCUACCGUUCUCCACCCCUCUGUUCCCUCCCCCACCGCAGUUCCCUGGAUCCUUCCUUCCUCAUGCGAGCGAUCUACCCCGUCCUCUCCUCCUACACCACUCCCGACUGCCCCUCUUUCACCACUCAGGACUGACCCUUCUCCACCACUCUGUAUCUCAUUCUUUUCCAACUUCAUCACUCUCCACCCCCUCUGUUGCCAUUCCCACCCCUCCCCACCGCAGUUCCUUGGAUCCCUCAUUCCUCAUGCGCACAGUCUACCCUUUCUCUCGAUCCUUCCUUCCUCAUGCGAGCAGUCUACCCCGUGCUCUCCUCCUACACCACUCCCGACCGCCCCGCCUUCCGCCACUCCCAAUAACCGCCUUUUUCACCACUCUCCUUACCUCAUUCUCCCCAUCUCUACCACUCUCCAACCCCUGUGUUUCUAUCCUCACCACCCCCCACCGCAGUUCCCUGGACCCUUCAUUCCUCAUGCGGGCAGUCUACCCCGUCCUUUCCUCCUACACCACUCCCGACCGCCCCGCCUUCCCCCGCCACUCCCUGAGCCGCGCGGCCCUCGUCACGAGCGGCAGCCCCAUAUUCCUGCUCGACGCAUUCAGCACCAUCAUCGUCUUUUAUUCACCCGCAGCCCCACCGGAUCUUCCCUUCCCGCCGCCCCAAACAAGCUUGCUGCGGACGACCAUCAACCGGCUGAAGGCCGACCGCAUAAUCACGCCGCGUACAAUCACCAUCCGGGGAGGCGUGGACAGCACAGCCCCUUUUGAGACGUUUCUGAUUGAGGAGCAAGAUGUGGAUGGGGACGUGGAGGGUGGGGCGGUGAGCAUGGGCUUUGUUGCUUUCCUGGAGUCAAUCGCUCGCGACGUGCGAGAAUACAUGAAGUAG